AUGCCAGACGGCACCCAUCCAACUGAUGAAGCUGUCUUGAACAAGUCUCAAGCUCAGGAUACACGAGGCAGCAGCCAUAAUACUGCCGCAGCUACCAGUAGGCGCACGUCGUCUUCCGUUGCUGCACGCCCACACAGACGCUCUUCCAGUCCCUCCGCCAGAGAUCCCUCCAAGACUCCAUUGACACCUGAAGAGAGUCCACCCUUUAGUAGAACAACGAGAAAGCGAACGGCUGGCAUUGUUGAGGUCGAAGACAAAGAUUUCGAUCUGCCUGAAGCGUCGCCGGCGCACACCAGAUCUGAUAGCGGUGAGAUCCAGGUGUGUAUCUGUCAACCAGAGCCCAAAAUACCCAGACCUCGCAACGCAUUCAUCUUAUAUCGCCAGAAUCAACAAGCGCAGGUUGUCGCUCAGAACCCAGGCCUCGCCAACCCAGAAAUUUCCAAGAUCAUCGGUGAGCAGUGGCAGAACCAGCCACCCGAGAUCAAGAAUAGGUGGAAGGCGCUUGCUGAAGAGGAGAAGCUCCGACAUCAGCAGCAGUAUCCAUCUUACCGCUAUCAACCUAAGCGAAGCAAUCGCCGGGGCAGUCUGUCGUCAGAGCCAACAUCAGGAGUUGAGAAGCCUCGCUGUCACAAGUGUGGUGGACGAAGCAUCUUGACCCCAUCAACGCCAUAUACUGCGGGCAACAGUCCUGCGUCAGCACACACGCCAGGGUCGCUCGCCACGCCUGUCACAAGAACGUUGCCCGUGCUACGCGAUCUGAGUCUGCAGUCGCCGGCAGCGAGACGACACGGUCGAUUUCCAGGAAACGCCAUGUCUAUCAACCACCACGAUGAGCGCGAUGACCUUGGACCCCUUAGCCCCGAACUCAAGCGUCGCCGAUACAACAAUAACAACGACCACCCUACCACGAUGGCUUCUCGCGCACCACCAUCCAGAUUUGUGGCUGCGCCGCCUCCGGGUCCGCACGGUGGUCCUGGAACCCCAUUUCCGUUUAAUCAGCCACCUGCACCACAUCCUUAUCCGCCAGCAGCUCCACACGGUCGUCGAGAAUCACUGCCUGGCCUACGCGGUGUUGUAAGUCCACCGGGGCCGAUGGCGCCGCCUCCACGACCAGGCCCCGGGUAUGCACAACACCGCCUGUCCCAAGGUCAUGCAGGUCCACAUGAUCGGUCUCUGACACUGCCACCGUUACAGACUCACAGUGCUAGUGUUGCACCAGGGCCGAUGGCCUCUAGUGGAGGCGUGAAGAGCGCCAAAGAGUCCAUCAUGACCUUGGACUUUUGGUACAAGAUCAACGUGCUGGGCAAGGUAGCACCACCAGCACCAGUGCGAAAAGCAACCCCGAGAGGACCAUUGGUCGCUAUCGAAGGUGAUAACGCGGAAGCGGUCAAGGCGCUGGGCAAGUGGUUGAGCGAUACCUUGGGCAAAGGUGACGACCUCAGCGUGAAACAGCUGGACGAACCAGUCAUAUCGGUAGGAGGUGGCAAGCAGCAGAUCAUGGCACAGUAUCACCGUCUAGCAGCGGAGUGGCUCAUGCGAAGCGUUGAAAUCAGCGACAUGCUGAUGAUCAAGAAUGCCUCGCCGACGGACUCUGUCAUGGUUGAUUCCUCGAGCUCAGUCACCUCUUCCAAAGGCAGAGCCAGGGAGAAGAUUGACGAGAACUACGACGAUAGCGAUGAGCCAGAAUCUGGUCCGAAGAGGGCAUCGCCAAACAGAGUUGUGGCGCGAGCCGACGAUCCAGUUCCGCAGAAGGCGGAUCGAGAUGUGGAAGACGCCGAGAAGAUGGACGUCGACACAAAUGCGCGUAAGAUGUCAGUCUCCAGCAAGAGCUCAUCCACCUCCAAUUCGGCAAAGCCAGUCGGUAUCAUCGCCAACUACUCGCUUCACGCCAGCAACUUCUUUGCUUGCCAUAUCCCGAUCGAGCCGUAUGCACAGUACUCGCCCAAGGAUCACUGGGAGUGGACGGCGACACACUGGCGCGGCAUCAUCAGUCCGGACUUGACCAUUUACGUCAAAGACAGCACCACGCCAGAAAGUGGCAAGCCUACGGUCGAGAUUAUGGAGCCGGGCAGCCUCUUUGUCGUGAAGAGAAGCAAGACGGAGGGGAAAGAUGCUCUCGAGAUCGAACCUUCCACACUACGCCGUCUCGGGUUCGAAGUCAGCGAGUGGGUUCGUGGAUUCGGCGAGAAUGCCGUAUAGAAUGGGAUAGCGUGAAUGUGCGACUGCUGACUUGGUUCAUCAGAUUCAGAGCUUGAAAUGUGUGCAGAGGAGGGUGUGGUAGAUCGGAAGUCUGGCGUGCUGGCUUGCCUACGUAUUGUCGAAAUUCGAACAUCGUGAC